AAGAUACGUUGCUUGAAUUAAAGCCAAAAAGACAUUAAGUUUUUUCGAGACGCACCGGAAAACGAUCUCAGAUCAAAAUGAAACUGCUAUUAAUAGCAUGGGUUGUAGCUUCAGUCUUUGUGCUAGGUACGUAUCUCUUCUUCCUAGGUGUUGAUGAAAAUAAUCAGAACGUUUUAGACAAUUGUUAUGGCGCGCGUAGAACGCGAUGCCGCCAUCUUAAGCUUUUGGGUGCCUGUAUCGGUCGAAAGCUGAUCAGUGACAGACCUUAUCAUUUAGCGCUGGUGACGUCUUGGGUUUCGCGCUCUUUAGCAUUUCCUACGUUAGCAAGUAGUACAAUGAUUAUAAGAAUAUCACAUGCAGUAAAAGCUGUUAAGAUAAGGUAGAUUGCAGUGUCUAUGCAUGAAGGUCAGUUGUACCAAUUCUUGGCUUAUAUCGCUAUUUUCCCAGGGAUCGACUUCAAAAUAACAUCUAUUUAUUUUUCUCCGAAAAAGGCGUUUGUUUGCAAAAAUUACUUAGUUUUAAAAGCCGCCUUAUACGUUAAGUAAUUUUUCAGUGAUAAGAAAGUUUAAGAAAAUGCAAGAAUUAAGAUUUAAAACUUUCCUCUCAUUAUGAAGGUACCGAACACAUUAUGGCAGUUUUUUAUUUCAAGUUUUUUGUCCUGUGAGCCUUAAUUAAAAACUCCAGCUAAUUAAACAUGACUUCAUGUAUGAAAUAUUAGUUAGCCAAGAGAGGUUCAUUAGCUAUUCUAUUUUCUUGAGGAGAUGCCAUUAUUUUUUGCGCCACGUAAUUUAACACUAAGCAAGAACGUGACUUUCCAGGAUAGCUCUCAAGGACAAGCGUUUCGGAUGGACUCAUUUCUUUGUGGCAAACAUCUACGAGAAAGUUGCUUUUCUUCUCAGAAUUCAUUUUCCUCUUAAACUUAUUUAUCCCAAAGGAGAAAAAUGAAUACAGAGUUUUGUGUGUUAAAAUCAAUCCGGUGGAUGAUGAGGUUCGAAUGUAUGAAAUUCGAAACCACACUCUACCACUAAGCGACGGGGAACUCGUCAGUGGAAUGGAUCACGUGUCAAAAUCGUGAUCAUAAUCACGUCCUUAUCAUAAGUGCUACCGUACGAGCGCCUGUUCUUCGCCCGCGGGAACGUCAGAGGCCUUAACCCUUUAACUCCCAAGAUCCGAUUGUUAAUUCUCCCCUCUAGAUUCAACUCAUUCCCUUGAGAAUUAGUUACGAGAAUUUAGUAAUAGAUCAAGAUAACAACUUCUAGCUGUCUAAGUUUGAGUAUUCUCAUUACCUGCUUGCUCGCUAAUGUAUGGAUAUUUUAAGGAGAAGUUACAUGUUAAUCACUUCUGGGAGCUAAAGGAUUAAAAAAAUCAUGAACCAGCGAGAAAUCUGCAAGGGAUCUACCACUGAUAAAUAGUGCCAGACCCCCGGCAAACUUCUGUCGUACUCAUCUCAAAACUCCCCGAGGGCGGAGAAACGCGUGUCCUGCAGCACUGGUAAUGAAGGCCUGCUAUAAUCAUAAUUAGUACUAGGUCAAAAGCCAUUUUCAUUCUUAAAUGUUUUGUCUUUAGGAUGGUCGAUCACGUGCUAUCGUUGUGGUGGAGCUGCACCAAGUUGUGAGGGGUCUGGUAAAGCGACAGUAAAAUGUGAUGAUUCAUCCAUGCCUGGUUCUGUGUUCGCCUGUCAAGUGUACACAGUCAAUUUUACUUCAUACAACACGAUCAAGGAGUUUAAAAGUAAGAAACUUCAAAGUGAGAGACGUGCUAAGAGGGUUUCAAUUGGGUGAUGGCUUUUUCGGCUAACGGUCAAAAUUUUGGCCAAUUUACGGCUUGCGGUUAAUAUCUUUCCAUUGUUUUCACCAGAAACUUUUUUUACUGUGAACUUCUUUAGCGACUAACGGUUAAAAUUUGUCAGUUUUUACGCCUAAUGGCUAAAUUCUUUGGCCGUUUUACAGCUAACGGUUAACCCCAUUGAGACCCUCUGUUGAGGAUAGAAAAGAUGUCUAAAACGAGAGGCGAUGAGGUGAUAUGUGAAUGCAGUUUCGGGAAGUGAUUUGAUGCAAUUAACAUGACAUAAUGAGAGUUGGGAUGUGCGAUGUGAUGAAAUGAAAAAUAAAACAAGACAUGAUGGAAUAAGAUAGUGCGUCGAGACAUUUAGAACAAACACCAUAUAAAAUCACACGAUAAACGUAUGAUAACACGUCAUGAUUUCACGUGACAGAUAUGACAGGCAUGGGAUGACAUGAAUGAAAAUAACUUGGAAAAAAAUGACACAACAAAUGUGGUAAUUAAAAAUGAAAUGACCUCGCGUGACCGAUAUGACAUCCCUUUACGUAAAAUUGCAUCGCAUGACGUGACAAAGAUGAGAUCAAAUAUUACAGAUGUGGGGUGAUACAACACGACAUAGCAUGACACGUCAGGACCGACCUGACAUUACAUGAGGAGAUGACAUAACAUUAUAUUCGAUGCCAUGCGAUUAGAGAGUAUCACAUCACGAGGAGGUUCCAUCACAUUCGAUGCGAUGAUAUGAGGUGAAAUAAAAUAAAAGAGUUUGAAUAAGACACAUUUAUUUCGUUUACCCAAUUAGCAUUUCUUAACUUCUUUUAAAGUCGUAUGAACUACUAAGGCUCGUGAUAAUAAUAAGGAUUUGAUUUUCCUUUUGAUGACAGGUUGCUGCUUGCACGAGGACUGCAACAAAGAUCCUUGUAAGCUGUUUGGGGAAAAAACAGUCUGCUCUAAGAUGGCCAGUUGUCAAGAAGACAAAUGCAACUUCGACUACGACUCUGCCAAGGCUUCCCAGCCUCCAACGCUUCCCUCCGAGGCUAAUAGCGUUGCUUUACAGCCUCCAACGCUCCCCUCUGAGGCUAACAGCGUUACUACGGGAAAACUCCUGAGAGCGACCCUUGUAUUAGCAAUUAGUUUUUCAUUGUUCAUUUAAGUAUUCAAAACUUCUCUUUGGCAGGUAUCACUUAGAGAUAAGCUUGCAGCGUUUGAUUUAUUGCACGGUGUUUUAAAAAACUGCAUGAAGUAUG